AGUAAACAGCCAAAUGCUGCCAAUGAUGAGUAUUGCUGAUCAAAAACUACAGAGGGUGGCAAUGAGUUGCUGUUAAGACAGUUUCUCUGUGGGAUGGAAUUAUGAGAGAGAGCUCUGCUGGAAGCCUCUCAUCACCUCUGGGUUCCUGCACUGCUGGCCUAAAUAUCUGUUUAACUAACACCCAGAGGUACACACACACACACACACGCACACACAAACACACACAGUUAAAAACUUUCACCUCACCUCUCUCUCCAUGAGACUGAAAAUGGGUGGUUCAGCUCUUCUAUACCUGGGCUUAAUGUUAAAUGUCUUGGCUAACUGUUGCUGCUCUGAUGUUGAGAUUGAGAAGAAUGUUUUAGGGGUUCUGGGGGAGACGGUGGUUCUCAGAUGCCAAUAUCUCGGCAAAUCAGAAGUGAUGGCAUCCUACUGGGCUGAGCAGCAGUCAAGUGGGAACUGGAAGCAGCUGGUUGGGUCCUUUAUGCAAAUGGUCAAAGUCAAUGAUCCGAAAUUCAGUGCUCCGGUAUCUCCAAGCAACCUGACAAUAACAAUGAACAUCACUAGUUUGGAGGAUGAGAGGGAAUACAAAUGUAGCUUCCAUUAUGGAUUUGAAAUUGUGGAAGAAAGAAUGACCCUCACUGUCCUGGCCCGGCCAUCAGUUCAGAUUAACGUGGCUAUGACUUUGGAGAAUGGAACACGCUACCAGAAGGUCACCUGCUCUGCCGCUGGGGGGAAGCCGGAAGCUGUGGUCAGCUGGCUGGUCUACGACCAAGAACCCAACAAUGUGGCAUUUUCUGUAACAACGGAAACACUCCAGCAUUCUAACAGCACCUUUACUCAGACCAGCACACUUCGCCUACCCAUGCAUCUUAUGCACGAAGGCAAUGUGACCUGUGUUGUUAACCACCCCGCUUUGGCCAAGUCUACGCAUGUGAAAGUGAGAGUGCAGACCUUUGUUACUCCACUUGUGACCAUGAAUACAACUUUGCUUCAAGAUGAAGGAGGAGAGUUUCAGGUGGUAACCUGCAAAGCCGUGAAUGGUAGACCUGCCGCCAGCCUUUCCUGGUCUCUCUCUGGAGACACAACAGAAGCUAGAAACAUCUCAAUGGAAGUCGGGAGUAAGAUCGAAAUGGACAUGGACACAGAGACAGAGACGGCCAUCAGCUCACGCAGGUUUCCAGCGCACCUUCAUGAAGGCUGGAAUAUCACCUGCAUGGUCACGCACCCCACAUUUCCCAGUGAGCAGAGGAGGACCAUAACCUUGCCCACCUACCGCUUUUCAGCAAUGAGGGUGCUAACCCCAAACGGUGAGGCUGUGGGACACGUCUUGGUGGAUGAAGGACAAAGCAACGUCACCUUUCAGCUUGAAGUUACAGGCAAUGUGCCCCGAUACCAAAUCAACUGCACCAAAGAAGAUGGGCCCCUCUCUACAGAUAUGACUGUGAUUGGCAGCUUCUUGCAGGUGAUGGGGCCUGUGGGCUUACAUCAUGCUGGAAAAUACGAGUGUCAGGCUUCCUAUUACAACCACACAGUAUCAGUGGAUCUAGAAAUGCAAGUAGUCCCUAGAGAAGUGCAACAAGCUCCAGUUGCUCCAAAUGUUACUAUACAGACCUGGGAAGAAACAAAUCACAGGAUCAUCCAGUGCUCUGCUGCAGAUGCUGUACCAGUGGCUAACGUGUCCUGGGUCCUACCUGAAGGCCUGCUCGCCACUAUCUGGCCUAAUUCAACGCUUCAGAAUAGAGCACAUACUGUCAGUGUCGCCUUGCUAUUGCCUGUCUGCCUAUCUGAGGAGCACCGAGUCCAGUGUGUGAUAGAGCACCCUGCUCUCUUUGAAACAGAUAUCAGGGAGGUGACAAUUCCAGCGUGCUUAGCUGGCCCUGAAGUUAAUGUUAGCAUCAGUACCACACGGGAAAAUGGGACGCGAUACACUCUGGUAACGUGCAGAGCCGAUAGUGACAAACCUGCAGCCACAAUCACCUGGAGUCUCAGCGAUGAUCAUGGCGGCAACAGCACCAGCUGGUCUGAAGGGGUCCAGACAGUGAACUGGACCUCCCCCAAUGGGUCUGCCACAGUCGUCAGUACGGCUCCAAUUCCCACCCUGUCAUUCUUUGGAAGGACUCUGGCCUGUAUAGUUACCCACAAGGCUCUAGCAGAACCAGUGAGGAGAGAAACCUGGAUACCGGCUGUUGAGCCUCCUAAGCUGAGCGUCUCUCUCAUCAUGCAUCCCAAUUCCCCACUGUGUCUCAUUGUCUGCGAGUCCAGUUGGGAAACGGGCACAUUUAAUCUCUCCUGGAUCCUCCCUUUGAAUAACACGGGCCGAGCUGUCCAGCGCUCAGGGAAUGUGACGGGUCGAUUCUGGGCUAACAGCACUUACAAGUUUCCUCUGGACCUCCACGAGGGGCAGAACCUGACCUGCCAGGUUAAAAAUGAGCACAUUUCUGCAGAGAAGACUUUACACAUUCCUCAGUAUUAUAUCUCCUCCCUCAAACUACUGAACCCCGCUUCAAGUACAGCAGUACAGAGGGUAUCUUUAAAAACGCAUCUCCACGACCAGAGGAUCUCGCUGAAAGUCUGCGGCAAAAUCCCAGCAUUCAAUAUCACAUGUGUCAGGAGUGAUGACUCACCUGUGAGAACUAAAGGUGCCGCAAUAGUCUUCCCAUCCCCGGUGUCCCUACAUGAUGCUGGCCUCUACACCUGCCGAGCCUCCUUCCACCACCACUCCGCGACCCUCUCUCUCCAGGUGGAGGUCACCGAGGAGGAACAAGAGCUCUGGAACAUUUUCAUGAUAUGUUUUCCAACGGCACUUGCAGUUGCUCUCAUCCUCAUCGUGUUUGCCUGCGUCCUUUGCAGGAAGUAUAGAGCUGAUUCUUCAGCAUCAGUGGGCUCGUCUCAGAAGCACGAAUCCCUGGCAGCGCUUACCUCCCUUCUGGCUGAGCACCGCUCCCCAGAGCUGAAGAAGCCGGUGGCACAAGUGCUCAGGCCAUCCAGUGAGAAAGGCCAACUGUACCCAGAGCUCGUCAGGUACUCCAUCGUCAUCGACAUCAAGAGCACCGUGUGAGACGGGGUCCACCUGAGGAAUGUGACCCAUUUCGGGACAGAACUGGGCUCCUGAUUCGCAGCAGACAACGGCUUGGAAGUGUUGUGAAUGUACGUAUUUUAAGAAGUAAAACAAGCCGGUGACAUGUAUGUGACAAAAUAGGGGAAAGUCAUGGACAUCCCAGUGAGAGUGGUGGCCUGUUAUCACAGGGAUUUCAGUGCCUUUGAUAUCUGCUCCUGUUCUGUUGAUGGUGUGCCAUGAAGUUUGAUGUUGGCCUCUCUCCAUGAUUAAAAACAGCAGACUGUCUGUAAGUAAUCAGGGUCACUAACCGUAUCCAUCUGAGACACCAUUGUGUUACUCUUUGCCUUUUUUGUAAUCCUUGAUGAAAGAUUCUUUCUUGAUGUUUUAUGGAUUAACCUCAGUGGAAACAUGCAAUAAUGUGAGUCUCAGUUCCUGUUCUCUUGUUGGAGGAGCAACACAAAGAGCCUGUUUAUUUUUAUUCUAUUUUUUUUGUUUUGUUUUGUUUUUUUCUGCACAGAAUUUACAGAAUUUCUGUAUAUUAGCAUUAGAAUAUACAAAUAUUGCACAACCUUUCUCAUAAGGGCACUUAAUAUUAAGAAUGACUGAUUUUUGAGUAUAUUAAACAAUGAGCCUGUUUACAUAACAUUGAUUUCCGUUUGUACUGUAUUAAUUUUGUAUGUGAUUAUAUUUUCUAGGAGAUCUCAAGCAUUAUCAAGGUAUUCACGCGCAGUUCACAACAUGAUCUAUUACGUGUUUCUUCUUGAAAUAAAACUUUUUUUAACUUUG